GUUGUGGUUGGUUAUGUUCUUGCCCAUGGCAAAUGGCAAAUCAUCAUUCAGAGCAUUUUGGUCCUUGACAAGAUGGGGGCGUUGCUUAGCAGCUACAGAUCACACAACAAGUCUUUGGACACAACCUACCCCAUAAAUAGACGCCAAAUUCAAGAAUUUAUUUUACUUCAACUCAAGCGCUUUUAAACAAAGCAGUCGAAAUUGGAUAACGGAUGAGCAGAAUCCAGUUUUACGCGCGUCGUAUUGAUUAAGGCUAGGCGACGUAGUGCGUAAUCGUCAAGUUUUGAGUAGGCUACGCUCAAGCAAAAUAGCACUGGUCUGGUCAAAGCUAUCCUUAAAAGUUAAGGAAGAGGCCCGAUGACUGAAUUUUCCAGGGAUUCGUGCCAUUGGCUGUGACGCAGUGGGUUCUAAUGUAAUCUGAUUCCCUAACAAAUGAGAGUCUCCGAUUUGGGGGAACAACUGGGAACAAGAUGGCUGUCUGGAAACAUAGGACUUAUUUUGCUUCUUUGUGAUUAAAAAUAUAUAUUUUGGUAAUUGGUGAAAAGCAUCUUGACUACACGUUUUGGCGUGUUUAGUUUUUUGUUCACGGUACGCAGUGACGAAGACGGCCCAGGAACUUCUAAAAGGUUGUAGAGCUCUAAAACUGUUUGGCUCACCAAACAGAAAUAGUAUGCAUGCCUUUACAGUGAAACGCUGUAUCUAAUUAUUGAUUCUAAUAGAGGGGCGCAUUGGCCUCGAGAAAGCCACCGCAUUUUACAUGAUUUAAGUUUGUUUAAGUUUCUUGAUGGCUGAGAAGCACUUUAGCCCAACUGUCUUAUAAGGUAGUUAAGGUGGCGACGCGCAGGACAAUAUAAGCAAAACUAUGAGUUCCCCUCGAAUCAAACCAAAUCAGACACAAAAUCCGAGUGGCCGGUCAACAGCGGAUGCUGCAACUGUAUCGUUGCCACACAGACUGGAUCCAAGCGAGGGCAUUGAGAUGGAGAGAAUACAGCAUCAGAACGCGGACUCUGCUGCGCCUCCUGGUACGCCGUUAGCCCCCACUUCAAGCUCAAGGCAAGCUUGGAGCCGUGACAAUCCUGGGUUUGAACCCGAAGAGGAGAUGAUGGAACCGGACUGGCCACCGGAGAGUCCUGGCCACAGGUCCGUAUCCACGGGUAGCAGUGGGAGUAGCGGUCUUGGAAGUUUCGCCGGAGGCGCUGGCGCACGGAUGCAGAGAGGACUCUACCCAACUCCAACUUUGGAUGCGCCCCAACAACAGAUGCACGAUCACCGAAAUUGUGGGAAAAGGAUUCUUGAAAAAAUAAGAAUUCUGUGGGGUACACGGCUUCUUGAGGACUGCGACAGCAGCAGAGAGAGGUACCUGAAGAAUGUCCUUCGCGAGAUGAUGACUUACAUCGUCUUCCUCAUCACUCUAUGCAUUUUGACAUACGGGAUGGUGAGCACCAACAUGUAUUACUACACCAAGGUCAUGUCUCAGCUGUUCCUGGAUACACCAGUAGCCAAUGGAGACCCAACCUCUUUUAAAACAAUCUCCUCUAUGGAUGACUUCUGGAGGUUUGCAGAAGGACCCUUCCUUAAUGGGAUGUACUGGGAGGUGUGGUACAACAACAAGACCAUUCAAGAGAAUCAGAGUCUAAUCUACUAUGAGAACCUGUUGCUGGGUGUCCCACGUCUUCGCCAGGUCAAAGUUCAGAACGCAUCCUGCACUGUCCUAGAAGACUUAAAGGACAAGGUCCAGGACUGCUACAGCGUGUACUCUCCUGCCAACGAAGACAAAGGCACAUUUGGACUCAAGGAGGGCACUGCGUGGAGGUACUCGGAAGAAAGUAAAGUGGGAGGGAGUUCCCAUCCGGGGGAGGUGGCCUCGUACAGUGGGGGCGGGUACUACCUGGACCUGUCUCGGAACCGAGAGGACUCGGCCAAUCAGCUGCAAGUGCUGAAGGACAACCUUUGGUUGGAUCGUGGCACAAGAGCAGUAUUCCUGGACUUCUCUGUAUACAAUGGAAACAUCAAUCUUUUCUGCAUUGUCAGGCUGCUGGUGGAGUUCCCGGCCACAGGGGGCGCUCUCACCUCCUGGCAGUUCCAGACGGUGCGCCUGGUGCGCUACACCUCCAGCUGGGACGUGUUCGUGGGGCUGUGCGAGGUGGCCUUCUGCUUCUUCGUGCUUUACUACGUGGUGGAGGAGACCCUGGAGAUCCGCCUGCACCGCCUCUACUACUUCAGGAACCUCUGGAACUGCCUGGACGUCCUCCUCAUCCUGCUGUGUGUUCCGGCCAUCAUCAUGAACAUCUGCAGGACCGGCCUGGUGAACAGCAACCUCAAGUCUCUCCUGGACAACCACACCACCUACCCCAACUUUGUGUCGCUGGCUAACCUACAGGUGCAGUUCAACAACCUGGCUGCAGUCAUUGUUUUCCUGGCCUGGGUGAAGCUCUUCAAGUUCAUUAACUUCAAUAAGACCAUGAGCCAGUUGUCCACCACCAUGUCCCGCUGUGUGAAGGACCUUGUUGGGUUCGCGAUCAUGUUCUUCAUCAUUUUCCUGGCCUAUGCCCAGCUGGGUUACCUGGUCUUUGGCACCCAAGUCAAUGACUUCAGCACCUUCCAAGCAUGCAUAUUUACACAGUUCCGGAUCAUUCUGGGAGAUUUCGACUUCUCAGAGAUUGAAGAGGCCAAUGGGAUUCUUGGGCCAAUUUACUUCACUUCGUUUGUCUUCUUCAUCUUCUUUAUCUUGCUGAACAUGUUUCUGGCCAUCAUCAACGACACAUAUUCUGAAGUAAAGACAGACAUGUCACAGCAGCGAUCAGAGAUGGAGAUGGGUGACCUCAUAAAGAAGGGCUACAACAAGGCACUGGUGAAGCUACGCCUGAAGAAGACCACUGUCGAUGAUAUCUCAGACAGCCUGCGGCAGGCGGGAGGGAAGCUCAACUUUGAUGAACUUCGUCAAGACCUCAAAGGGAAGGGCCACACGGAUGCUGAAAUAGAGGCCAUCUUUGCCAAGUACGACCUUGAUGGAGACCAGGAGCUCACAGAGCAUGAGCACCAACAGAUGAGGGACGACUUGGAGAAAGAGAGAGUGUGUGACAAGCAGUGUUACAUGGACUUGGAUCUGGAGCGGAGUGCGCUGCCCAGGCCAAUGAGUGGACGGAGCUUCUCCCGUAGCCAGGACGACUCCGAGGAGGACGACGAUGAGGACAGCGGCCACAGCUCACGUCGCCGUGGAAGCAGCUCGGGGGGCGUGUCAUACGAGGAGUUUCAAGUUCUGGUUCGGAGAGUGGACCGCAUGGAGCAUUCUAUUGGGAGCAUUGUGUCGAAGAUUGAUGCCGUCAUCGUGAAGCUGGAGACAAUGGAGCGUGCCAAGCUGAAGAGGAAGGACGUGCUGGGCAGACUCCUGGAUGGCAUGACGGAGGAUGAGCGUACGGGCAGGGACCCUGAGCAGCACAGAGAGCAGAUGGAGAGGUUGGUGAGGGAGGAGCUCCAGCGCUGGGAGUCGGACGACACCAUCUCCCAGGUCAGCCAUCAGCAGCAGCAGCAGCAGCAGGGCCCUGCUGCGGUCGGGCCCGGAACCAGAACCGGGACCGGGGCACAGCCUCGACCGCACAGCGCACAGCCUUCCUCAUCACAGUCCACCGAAGGAACCGACGCGGCAGGAAAUGUGUGAUCUUGCUGCGAUGAAGGGUAUUUUAUUUUGGUGGCUUUAGCCAAUUGAAAUGAAAUCAUACCAAGUCAGGGAUCAACAGAAAUCAAUAUACCAUAUGCUACAACUAGAGAUGCACUCAGAGAAUGCAGACCUCCGCCAAGGAAGCUGUUUGAUAGAACAUUUGACUAUGUCACACACCCUAAUUCUUUUCAAGUCUUUCUGCUUUGUUUUUUGUGGAGUUAGAAACUGAAAUGUCAAAAUUCUCCCUAUCCCACAAUGGUGAAGAAUCUUUAAAAAAAUAAUCCCAUUCCUGGAUCAGGAUUGUGAUGCGGAUCACCACCAAAAUUCAAUCACGUGUUCCUUUUGUCACUUCCAAUAACUCCAACCAACACGACCGAAAACAUAACCUCCUUGGCGGAGGUAAUAAUUAGAACCAUUACUUUCAACCCAAUGAAAUGAUAUGAGAUGGAGAGCAAUCUAUUGCCAAGCAAAACGCAUUGUUUUGGAUGAGUGAAUCUGCAGACACCUUUCUGUGUCACUGCAUUACUCUGUCACUCACACACUCUUUGACUUGACAAAGAUGAAGGCCAUAUGUACUAAGAUACAAAUGUGUGUUAUAAACAUAUAUUUGCUCGUAUAGUUCUUAAGCUAAGCUUGCAUUGCAUGUUCAACUGUAGGGCAAAGAUCAAGUGCAAUUUAAGCUAUUUCUUUACUUUGUGUGCUUAAUAUUAUGAAGUAACUAUGCAUGUGUCCACUUCUAUGCAGUGUUGAACACGACAAGAGAAAAUGAUUACCAGCAUACAACAAGGAAUGAUACAGACAGUAUUAUAGGACAGAUAUAGAUUCAUUUUGCACAAAAACUUAGUAGGGGUGUAAAUAAUAAUCGAAAUGUAUCCAUAUAUCGCAAUAUAAUCUGACGAUUGAAUCAAAUCGCAUCGGAUUGUGGGACGUUCUUAAAUCGAAAAUAAUCGAAUCGCUGGCCCCUGCCCAAUGUCCUAGCUCCAUAACGUAAUAGGAGUGGAAAAGUAUUUGGGAAAAAGUUGGAUCGAAUCGUAUUGUAUCGUAUCGUGGGGCAUUCUUAAGUAUGGCAAAUAAUCGAAUCGCUUCGCAUCGAAUAAUAAGAUAUCGACAUUGAAUCGUAUCGUCAUGGAGGCUGUGAUUUACACUCCUAGAACUUAGAGAGGAAGAGGUUUACUGAAUACAUUACAUUGUUCCAAACCCUACACAACAAUGUAGUGAGAUUAUAUCUUUUUUAAUUCAUGCUAGAAAUUGCAUUCAUUUGUUAUUUAACAGUGCAAUUACAGAUCCACAAGUAAAAACGAAGUUGAAUGCGAAGUGGGUAAGUGCCUCAAUUUGCAUGUUUCGAUUUAGCUUCUUGCAGAGCUUAUCUCGUGAUUUUAAAUGAAAUACAACCCGCCUUCAGUGGUCUGAUCCGAAAGACAGAAACCGUCUGCAGUGUUUUUUAUGUGCACUCCUUUUGUGCCAGUCACAAGCUUUGUCUUUUUUAUUUUAUUAUGGACAGAUAUGCAGGUACUAUCACUAUUGGAUUCACAGUUCACUUGUAUAUACAUAUAAGGUACAAAAGAGUGGCACAUUUGGUCAAGUGUUAUUAUUUUCUUUCCUUUAUGCACAGCUUUGUGUAAGUUAACGUUUUUUUAUUAAAACAUGUAUGGUACAUAUUGUAACUUGAAACAAACUUCGAUUUGGAGUGCAUCUUAGAUUCAUGGAAAUCCAUGUGUCAAUUACCGUACUAUUAAGUACUUUUCAGAAAUAAUGUCAGCUUGAGAAUGAUUAACUGUAUAUCCUUCCUUGCUAUUGAGUCGAGAGUAUGUUGGUAUA